UGUCGAAAACUACACUUCAAUUUUUGCAUUGAUAAUUUCGCAAAUGCAUACCAUCUUUCGGGGCCCAUUGCUUUUUCGCCGAUUUUGCCAAAUAGUUGCACCCAGAGCACUGCCCAGAAACUACAUUCAUCGAGAAUUGCCUUUGACUUAUACCAGAGCCAUCAUGUCAAGCACUUUGUCCAAAAAGCUCGCGUAUCCAGUUGCACGGAAAGAUGAAACUGUGGAGGAGGACUUCCAUGGCACCCCGAUAAAGGAUGUGUACCGCUGGCUAGAGGAUCCCGAUUCGACGGAGACCGAGGAAUUCGUUAACGCCCAGAACAACAUAAGCCGGCCAUUCCUCGAAAAUGGUGACGAAUGGAAAAAACUUAAUUCCAAACUCACCAAGCUGUGGAACUAUCCCAAAUACGGAUGCCCCAUGCGAUAUGGCAACUACUACUAUUACUUUAUGAACACUGGGCUGCAAAACCAAAGUGUCAUGUAUCAGCAAAAAUCACUGGGCGAUGAAAGUGAAAGCAAAGUUUUCCUGGAUCCGAACACUUUGUCUGAGGACGGUACGAUUGCCCUGACCCAAAAGGCCUUCUCCGAAGAUGGCAAGUAUAUGGCCUAUGGACUGAGUGAAAGUGGAUCUGAUUGGAUUAAGAUCCUCAUUCGAGACGCCGAGACUGGAAAAGACUUAAGCGAAGUCCUCGAGAAGGUCAAGUUCUCCGAGAUUUCGUGGACAAAAGACAAUAAGGGAUUCUUCUACGGUAGAUACCCCGAUCAAGAUGGAAAAACUGAUGGAUCUGAGACUAAACAAAAUGAGAAUCAGAAAUUGUACUAUCAUCGCGUGGGGGAAAGUCAAGACAAGGAUACACUUGUGGUCGAAUUUCCCGAAGAACCUUCAUGGCGAAUCCAAUCUACAGUCUCGGAUUGCGGGAAAUACUUGAUUCUGGCCAUUGUUAAGGAUUGCCGAGACAAUAUCGUGUUCUACGCAGACCUGAAGCCAGGCGCAGAAAUAAACUCCAAACUAAGUGUUAAGAAGAUUGUGGAGAAAUUCGAGGCGGACUAUGAUUACAUAACUAACGAAGGUUCAAAAGUGUUCUUCCGUACAAAUAAAAAUGCACCAAAUUAUCAAGUUAUUGCCAUAGACUUCAACAAACCAGAGGAGGAGAACUGGGAAACACUUAUAGCCGAGCACAAGUCUGAUGUUUUGGACUGGGUUAAGUGUGUUGAUGCUGAUAAAUUGCUCGUUUGUUACAUUAGGGACGUGAAGAGCGUUCUGCAAGUCAAUUCGCUGAAUGAUGGAAAACUACUGCGUGAAUUUGAUUUGGAUAUCGGGACCAUUGUGGGAACCUCCGGAGAAAAGAAAUAUUCCGAAAUAUUCUACAACUUUUCAUCCUUUUUGAACCCCGGCUCCAUUUACCAGUAUGAUUUCAAGACACCCGAUCAGUCGCCUUCAGUAUUUCGCGAAAUCAAGCUAAACUUGGAAGGUUUUCGUCGGGAAGACUACGCCGUUGAACAGAUAUUCUACAAGAGCAAAGAUGGCACCAAGGUACCCAUGUUUAUAAUUAGGAAGAAACGUGAUAGCAUUGAGCCGCGACCAUGUCUCCUUUACGGAUACGGAGGCUUCAACAUCAGUAUGCUGCCAUCCUUCGGACUCUCAGGGCUUAUGUUUAUAGACACUUUUGAUGGUGUGCUCGCCUAUCCAAAUCUGCGAGGUGGCGGCGAAUAUGGCGAGAAAUGGCACAACGGCGGUCGCCUGCUGAACAAGCAGAACGUAUUCGACGACUUCCAAGCGGCUGCCGAGUAUUUGAUCGACCAUAAGUACACGACCAAGGACCGAUUGGCGAUUCAGGGAGGUUCCAAUGGAGGACUUCUGGUAGGCUCUUGUAUUAACCAACGUCCGGAUUUGUUUGGAGCUGCUGUGGCACAAGUCGGAGUAAUGGAUAUGUUGCGCUUCCAUAAAUUCACCAUUGGACAUGCGUGGUGCUCGGAUUACGGAAACCCAUCCGAAAAGGAGCACUUUGACAACCUGUAUAAGUUUUCGCCGCUGCAUAAUGUGCACACCCCGAAGGGCGCCGAGACGGAAUACCCAUCCACUCUGAUCCUGACGGCCGACCACGACGAUCGUGUCAGUCCCUUGCAUUCGCUGAAAUUUAUCGCCGCCCUGCAGGAAGCUGUACGCGACUCCGAGUUCCAAAACAACCCGGUCCUGUUGCGGGUCUAUCAGAAGGCGGGCCAUGGAGCCGGCAAGCCCACCUCGAAGAGAAUCGAAGAAGCCACUGACAUUCUGACAUUCUUGUCAAAGAGCCUGAAUGUCGACAAAGUCAACGUUUGAGUGGUUAACCAUAAACAAAUUGCAUUUCUCAAGGUCGAGUAAAAAUUGCUUUUACAAUGUAUUCAAUAUUUACACAAUAAACUUCACACCUGAACGAGA